GCGGCCUCCCGUCCUCUUUUAACUCCUCUGCUUUCUUUGUCUGUGUGGUCCAGCCACCCCUCUUCCCAGCUUGGGAUCGCGGAGGGCCCUGCACUAGGGCACCUAGCGGGGACUGGGACAUCCCCGUCUGUGGGCCGGUGGUGGGACCCACCUGUCUCUACAGGCCUUGCUCCCUGAGAAACCGUCACCAGAUACACCGUCGCCAGGACUUCCUGGGGCACCCGCGCUGUUCUGGAAAACUAGAAAAGUUUUCUUUUUGGUCACUCACCACUGGUCCCAUGGCUGCCAUGCAGAUGGAUCCUGAGCUUGCCAAGCACCUCUUCUUUGAAGGGGCCACUGUGGUCAUCCUGAAUAUGCCCGAGGGGACAGAGUUUGGCAUUGACUACAACUCCUGGGAGGUGGGGCCCAAGUUCCGGGGUGUGAAGAUGAUCCCUCCAGGCAUCCACUUCCUCCACUACAGCUCUGUGGACAAGGCCAAUCCCAGGGAGGUGGGCCCCCGUAUGGGCUUCUUCCUUAGCCUACAGCAGCGGGGGCUGACGGUCCUGCGCUGGGAUGCAGUCCAGGAAGAGGUAGACCUGUCCCCAGCCCCAGAGGCUGUGGUGGAGGCCAUGAGGGCCAACCUCCAGGAGCUGGACCAGUUCCUGGGACCUUACCCAUAUGCCACACUCAAGAAGUGGAUCUCACUAACCAACUUCAUCAGCGAGGCCACAGUGGAGAAGCUCCAGCCCGAGAGUCGGCAGAUCUGUGCCUUCUCAGAUGUGCUGCCUGUGCUCUCCAUGAAGUACACCAAGGACCGGGUGGAGCAGAAUCUACCCCGCUGCGGCACUGAGUGCAAAAGCUACCAGGAAGGCCUGGCCCGGCUGCCCGAGAUGAAGCCCAGACCCGGCACAGAGAUCCGGUUCUCCGAGCUGCCCACACAGAUGUUCCCGGCAGGUGCCACGCCGGCCGAGAUAACCAGGCACAGCAUGGACCUGAGCUAUGCUCUGGAGACCGUGCUCAGCAAGCAGUUCCCCCAAAGUCCCCAGGACGUGCUAGGUGAACUCCAGUUUGCCUUUGUAUGCUUCCUGCUGGGGAACGUGUACGAGGCAUUCGAGCACUGGAAGCAGCUCCUGAACCUUCUGUGCCGGUCAGAAGAGGCCAUGGUGAAGCACCACACCCUUUAUGUCAACCUCAUCUCCAUCCUGUACCACCAGCUUGGCGAGAUCCCCGCCGACUUCUUUGUGGACAUUGUCUCCCAGGACAACUUCCUCACCAGCACCUUACAGGUUUUCUUUUCAUCCGCCUGCAGCGUUGCCGUGGAUGCCACCCUGAGGCAGAAAGCUGAAAAGUUCCAAGCUCACCUAACCAAGAAGUUUCAGUGGGACUUUGAGGCGGAGCCUGAGGACUGUGCCCCGGUGGUGGUGGUUCUUCCCGAGGGCGUGGGGACUGGCUAAGUGGAAAAGCUCUCAGCCAGAGGAGGCCCCUUCCCCACGGCUGCGGUCCUGGCUCCUCCAUUCACCUGUCCUACUGGGACUUACUGGGGCAGCAGCCCUGCCAGGUUCUACAAAGAUGGAGCCAGAAUUCCCUCCUUCACCAAUAAAUAAGUUCCUUCAGUGCCAGCGAGGCUGUACCCCAUCUAGAAGGCGCAUUUGUGGGUUCGCCGUCAGCCUGGCCUCGGUGCUAUAACCUAACUGAAUUCCAGAUGAGCUCUUGGGAGAGACCUGCCUCAGCAGCAGCCUGCUUCCUCCCAGAAGAGAAGAAGUUGAGCCAAAAGCCCAGGAGAACCGAUUGUUUAUUCCGUAGAACGGUUAGAAACCCUGGAGUGCCCAGGAGUCUGAGAUGUCAGUUGGUGACUUUUUAAAAGUUAAUCAGAGGGUAAUAGGGAGAUGAGCCAGGAUUUCUGCCUGCCCCUUGUUGGAUGGGAAUACGUCACAGAAAACAUGGGUGUGUGACCACCCUGGAGCCCCAGGUUGGGGAGGGCAUAACAGAAGACAGUUGGGUUGAAUCUGACGAGUGGUCAGCUUUUGCUUUAAGUCCCUUUCUCCUGUCCAGAGGUCCCAGUGGAUAAUCUUUCAAGAUCAUUGCAGCCCCUGACCUCAGAGGCGUUGCUAGUGCCACACCCCUCCCAUCUGCUCCGUUCUGAGGCCUCAGACCCAGAAGUGGGCCUUGGUGACCCUUUGUAUGGCCCCAUUCCUCACCAGAGCCAGCACGAGUGUUUCUGAUGACCUGGAGAUUCAACGACAAAGAGAAAGGUUCUUGCUUUAUACAGGCUUCUUUGGCCCUGUUGAAGUUCUGUGCCUUUAUUCAGAGCUCCAGAGAUGACCUGGUCAGCCUGGGUCCGCCCCCGCAUCCUGCUGUGGGGCUGUCAGCCACAGGAGUGAUGGUGCUCCGGUUUCCUGGGAGUCCUGAGGGCCCGCGCAUCAUACACACAGGCCCUGCCACCCUGACCUCACAAUGUUGUACUGUGAUCAGAGUCCCUAUGCUGCUCUCUCCCAAGGCUGCGGCUCACACUAGGUUUCUGAAUAAGAAUCCCCUCCGGUUAAGACUUUCGGUUCCACUUGUCUCCUUGGAAUUGUUUUUCCAAGAGCAUAACGUACAUUAAAGUCUUGGAGUUGAGACUAAAUCCCCUUGUGUGAGUCUCAUAGUUCAUCUGCCCAGUUCCCACCGCAGCCAGGCACUGUCCUUAGAUGCACAUGUCCUCCCUACCGGGCACCAGGAGACCCUGCCCAACCUCUGCAGGCUCUGGAGGAGGCAAGUGACCAGCGAUGUCUCCUGUCACCAGCGGGGCUUCUGAGAUGGGCACACCUGCAGGAAUGAUUGAGGCCCUGUAUCUAUAUAGCAACCAGAAGGUUCACCUUGUGUGAAUUUGCUGUUCUUUUUCUCCCCAAAGCCCAAUCAUCAGAACUACUGGGGAGCUUGUUAAAAUUGCAGAUUCCAAAGGAAUAAAGCCCUGAUCCAUGCCGCAGCAUAGACAAACCUUGGAAACACUGUGCAGAGUGAAAGAAGUUGGACACAAAGACCACAUGUUGUACGAUUGCAUUCUUAUGAAUCGUCCAGAGUUGACAAAUCCUUAGAGACAGAGGGAUUAGUGGUUACCAGGGGAUGGGAGAGUGGGGAAGGGGGAGUGACUGCUAAUGGGUACUGGGUUUCUUUUUGGGGUGAUGACAAGGUUCUGGAAGUAGGUAGUGGUGGUGGUUGGCCAACCUUAUGAGUAUCAUAAAAACCCAUACAAGUGUAUGCUUUAAAAUGGUGAAUUUUAUGGUGUGUAAAUUAUAUCUCAAUAAUUUUUAAAAGUUCAGACUCCCAAGUCCCACCAUACAGGAACUCGGAGGCAGUGAAUCUGGGUGCAGCCUGGGUUCUGAGGCACACUCAGUUUCGAGUUACUACCUAGAAGUAACAGCAUUGCAAUUUAGUACCUAGAGCUCCAUUGGGACAAUUUGUCUCCCACUGGCCUUGACAGGGCAGCACCUGGAAGUUGGAUCAUGUGACCUGUUCUCUAAGCUUGUUGGUCUUAUGUCUACACAGACACAUACACCCCCCAACCGCUCCCACUCACACAAAUGGGUUAAAGAAAAGCAGCUACAAUGUAUAAGUGCUCUGUUCUGUUAGUUCACUUAAUCCUCACAACAGUAUGUGGUGAGUGCUAUUAUUAUCCCCAUUUUACUGAUAGGAAAAUGGGCUCAGAGAGCUUCCGUCUUUUGCUAGGGUCCCACAGCUUGUAAGGAUUGAGCUCAAGAGUCAAACCAAGCCCAUUGGUGUCCAGGGUCCGCACUCAGUACUGCAUUCACUACUGUGGUUUACUCCUUCCCUACCCUUGCAUGUCCAGGACAGCCUUGCUUUCUUCCUGCUUCCCCGGAUCUAGCCUUGGCCUUGUUGACAGCCAGCUGUGUGACCGUGGGCAAGCCACUUAGGUUCUCCGGGCUUCAGUGUAUUUUUGUAUAAAGUAAGAGAGUUUGCUUGGACUGAAGAUUUCUGGUAAAGAUACUCCAGGCUCCUUCAGGCUCCCUCCACUUAAAAAUGGAACCUUGUGUUUUAAAUGUUUUCAAAGGGAAGCUACAUUUACAUGAGAUAAUAUGGCUGGGCUGA